CAAGGAUGGCCUGCUAACAUCGUGUUGGGGUGAAGUAACUUAGUUUCCAGACCUGCUAACCUUAAGGUAAAGAUGUUUGUAUCGCCGAUGUCAGAGAAGAAACAACAGGGUCGCACGAGGUAAAAGGGGCCGCUGUUAUUGACCUUUUUGCUCAAUGCUGGUAUGGAUGUGUCAUUUAUUUCAAUGCUGGUACUUAAAAUAUGGCGGCAAUUUUUAAAACGAAAUCAGCGAGGCUUUGCACGCAUUAAAUAAUCAAUCAAAGCAUGUACGGUUUCAAAAAAUGAGCGAAGAUUCAAGUACAAAGUCACUAGCAAGGUAUUGGUGUUAGAAUCGUUCAAUUCAUAAAGCUGGCUCACCAAGGGAUGAUUUUGAUGGUGGUUUAUUACUGAUAAAGAAGGAAGGAGGGUACGCUUCUUAGCUAGCGUGGUCCAGCAGAGACUAAAGAUAGUAGAUGGAUGUGCAUAUUUUACGUAGUGUAUAUUCAUACGCCCUUUUGCCCACUUUUGCAAAACUAGGCUUACUAAAAAGACGUUCAUCAACUCUGCCAAAUCUAUCUUCAAAUUGUGGUAGAACGAGAAACAAAUUAAAAAAAACAGAUCAAAUCUUUUCUUAUCUUAUUGUUUUGGAUUUUGAGUCAACAUGCUGGAAAGACAAAAACAACUCAUUUAGUCCUGAAAUUAUUGAAUUCCCAGCUGUUUUGUUAAAUACUUCCGGUGGAGAAAUUGAAGAUAAAUUUCAUCAUUAUGUACAGCCAAGCGAACAUGCAAAGUUGAGUCAAUUUUGCAAAGAUUUAACUGGUAUUUCACAGGAGAAAGUAGAUUCUGGCAUACCUAUUGGAACAUGCUUGAAACUUUUUGACGAAUGGGUUAAAACAUGCACAAAGAAGCAAAAUAUUGCACUACCACCUACACGUGUUGAUCAACAAGUUAACUGCAUAUGUGCUACAUGGUCAGAUUGGGACCUUAAUGUUUGUUUAAACUAUGAGUGCAAGCGUAAAAGAUUGAAUUGUUUUCCUUACUUGAAAAGUUGGGUUGACUUACGAAACACAUACAGGCAUUUUUAUGGACGUAAUCCGAAGGGUUUAAACGGAGCUUUGACAGAUUUAGGUAUUGAAUUUGUUGGUAGAGAACAUUCUGGUAUUGAUGAUGCUAUUAACACUGCAAAGUUAGCUUGGAGAAUGGUAAAAGAUGGAUGCGUUAUGAAGGCGACUAAGUCGUUACUUUUGGAUAUCAAUGCGAUUAACGGCGAUAAUGAGAAACAGCUAGAGCGGGGAGGCACUGCUGGAAAAUUAAAAUCACGAGACGAAUGCCAAACAUUGAAGAACAUAUCAAACAAUACACCUGUUUCCACCAACCGAAACUUAAAGUUCAUCGAUCGUUUUAAACAAAACCUUGAAAAUGUCAAGACCCUGUCCCCUGGAUAUGAGGCGCCGAUCAAUACUAUUAAUAGUUGCAGUGUAACUCCGCCAUUAUGUGAAUGCGGUAAGCGGUGCAAACGAAAAAGAGUUCUAAAUCCAGGACCCAAUAUUGAUCGAAUAUUUUACGCUUGUUCAAUACAUUCUUACGGUAGCGACAAAAAAGAUGGUUGUAACUUUUUCAAAUGGGAGAAUAAUUCACGAAACUCGAAGAGCGGGAAGGCUACGACAGUGUUUCCGGAACAAGUUUCUAAUUCUUCUUUCAAAGACAGGACAAAGCUUAAAGAACAUUAUGCUAAGAUGUUCAAUAAAUAAAAGAAACGAUCUGUUUUGCUGUUUUGAAGAGGAUAUUGUGAAUAUUUGUUAGAAUUUUAUGUUAUUGUUUUGUUAGUUAUUUUGUGUUGAAGAAAACGUGAUAAAAAAUAAAUUUAUUACAGUUUA